AUGAAAUAUUUUUUAAUCAUAUUCUUUCUAUUAUUUUUAUUAAUACCAAUUAUUGAAGGUAUAUCAUGUUAUAAACAUAGUGUAUGUUCAAACAAAGAAUCUUGUAUAAUCGAUGCAAAUAAAUAUCAAUGUUCAAAUUCUGAUACAUUUUGUGUUAAAAAUAAUAUUUUUUUCGAUGUAACCGAACGUGGUUGUGGUGAUAGUUUCACUUGCAAUGUUAGCAUAACAAUUCUUGGACGUUAUUGUUGUACUACGGAUUAUUGUAAUCAUGCUAUUUCAUCUAUUCAAAUAAAUCGAUCAAUUACAUUGGCAUCUAUUUUAAUCAAUUUUAUAAUAAUUAAUUUUCUGUUAACGACUAAUAGAUAA